AUGCAAACUUUGAUCUCUCUCUUCCUUUCUAAUACCAUUUUCCCAUUUCAAAAGCACUUAUUUCCUUCCUAUCUCCCGCUGCUCUCCAUACUUUCAUGGAGGAGCAGACCUCGUCGCCGUCACCAUCUCCACAAAAUUAUAAUUCUAUACCUCAAUUACCCAAUAUUGGCCAUGGCACCUAUGUUGUCCAAAUCCCUAAGGACCAAAUCUACCGUGUUCCACCACCUGAAAAUGCUCGUAUUGCCGAGCUUCAUCGGAAACCUCCCCCCAAAGAGGCAAACCGAACAGGUUGUUGGUGUAUUAUAUUGUGAGUGUGAUUCACUUUGUAAAAGAAAGUGUUUGAAUCCUAAACGGUGA